CUGGUUUCUAUUGGCUGGGUGAUCCAUAAUCAGAAACUCCGGUCGGUCUUCUCAUCACAACACAACGCUAAAAGAGAAAGAGCUUCGGGUCUUGUCAUCCGAUCACCGUCUUCGAACAUAAAAUUAGGGUCUCGGAAGAUCAAAACUGAAAUCAUGAAAAAAUCAAGGUGUUCAGUGAUUAUACUUGUCGUCCUCUUCUGCGGUGUUGUAUUCUCUGAUCAGAUCAUUCCAACUCAUACAGGUGGUACCUUUGGUCGGAGCUCCCGAGAACCAAAAUUCAGAAUUGAGUUUCAUUCAGAAGACUCACCAUUCCAUCCAGAUGAGGACCAAGAGUCCAUUGUUAUGCCGAAUAAAAUUGGAGAAAAAUUUCUUUGUUAUUUGCCUAAAGUGGAGAAAUCCAAGAGCGGAAAGUUAGUUGCUCAACAGAAUAUAAGCAGCAUGAUUGUGGAGUCUGAGACACGUGUGAAGUUGAAGACACCAGAUGAGCUACUAGAAGUUUUAAAGGAUCGAUGCUUUGUCCGGCAAGAGGGAUGGUGGUCCUAUGAAUUUUGCUACCUAAAUCGGCUGCGCCAAAUUCAUUUGGAGGAUGAGAAGGUUGUUCAAGAAUUUGUCUUGGGAGUAUAUGAUAAAGAAGCUACAGAGGCUAACAAUCAUAAUCUUUCUGAUAUAUCAACAUUGAAGGAUCCUCGCUCAAAAGAUGCUUCUCAACGGUAUCAUGCUCAUAUAUUUACCAAUGGGACCCUCUGUGAUCUAACAAACGAGCCACGAGAAACAGAGGUUAGAUUUGUCUGUUCUGAACCCAGAGCUAUGAUAAGCUCAAUCACAGAGUUAUCUACAUGCAAGUAUGCGCUGACAUUCCAUUGCCCAACUCUUUGCAAGCAUCCAUUAUUUCAUGAAGAAAGGCCACUGUCACACACCAUUCACUGCAACACUCUCCCCAAAGACGAACGAAAGGGCGAUGUUGAUGCUGAUGCUGACAGCUUUCAAGGUGGAAAGAUAACAAUGGUUACUGAUAAUCGAUACCCUCCCGCUUUCAACUCAAAAGAAUAUGCAACUUGAAUGGUAGGCUGAUUACUUUCUUGGGAGAGAUUAUUUAGGUUCUUGAAAAGUUAAUCCAUGAAACUAUACCUCACUUGCUGCUUACUAUCGUCUGAAAAAGUAACUUCUGGUUGAUAAAUUUCUCUUUAACAGUAUAGUUUCUUUUGCACCCUCUUUUUGGUUCAGUGGAAAACAAGGCCCCCCAUGAUUGUUGAAGAUGUAUGAAGACAUCUAUACAUUAUGACCAUUGAAUGUAUUAACAUAAUACAUAAUCGUUAAACUAAUAGUUUAUAAAACUGUUGAUUGUCAUACUGAAUUGCAGCUCUGUGAAAUUUGUUAGUUUGAUUGGCUUCCUAAAUUUGGUAGAUGUAUGAAUCAUCCCACUCUUAAAAUCUGAC